GAGAGGUGGGGGGGGAGGAGAAAGGGGAGACUGCAGAAUAUACAGGGUCUGGAUGAAUAACCAUGGCAACAGCAGCAGCAGCAGGGGAAGCGGUGAUAUAAACAUUGCGAAGCCGCGCAUCCAUCCGCAAAUCAGCAAUUUACUCAGCAGAGCCUGGACCCGAACCCUGUGCGGACAUUCGGCUACACAACAUCACUGCUAAGGUGAUGAGUGGGAUUAUAUCAUGUCUGAAGUACAGGGAACACUGGAGUUUUCUCUAGAGUUACACAAGUUUCACAAUGUGGAUCUCUUUCAAAGGGGGUUCUAUCAGAUACGAGCAGGGCUGAAGGUCUCGCCCCGAGUGCCCCACAGGUUGAUAGCAACAACACAAGAGAACACAGUGGAGUGCAGCUUCAGCUCUGCGGGGGUUUACGACGGCACCGUGUUCAGCCGGAUAUUUCAGAUCCUUUACCGAAAUGAGGAGAUCGCUGUGAAUGACUGCAUGAUCUUCAAAGUCCAGCUGCUACUGGACGGAGAGAGGGUGGAGGAAGCCUUGAGCGAGGUGGACUUUCAGCUGAAGCUGGAUCUACAUUUCACGGACAACGAGCAACAGCUGGCAGAGAUAGCGACCGUCCCACUGAUUAGCAGUCGAACCCUGAGCCUCCACUUCCACCCACGAAAAGGCCUCCACCACCAUGUUCCGGUCAUGUUCGACUACUUCCACCUGUCCGUCAUUUCGGUCUCCAUACACGCUUCACUGGUUGCCUUACAUCAACCGCUAAUCAGCUUUGCACGUACAGGGAAGGGCUCCUGGCUGGGGAAGGGCUCGCCAGAGAGCACGAGUGACCCAUCUGCCAUGUCCGUAGAGACCCUUGUUUUCGGAGCUGGCUACUGCAAGCCUGUCAUCUCUGAGGGAAGCUUUUAUGUGCCCAGUGAAAACUGCCUGCAGAGAGCUCAUACGUGGCACCGGCGGCUCUGUCGCCUCCUGUUGGUGGCACACAGAGGCCUGCACACGUACUACACUGCACUGAUGAAGGAAAUCCCACAGCUUCAGCAGAUCCCUCUGGAAUCAGAGGUGUUACCUGUAGAAGAAACUCUCAAUCAGCUAACGAUAGAAUUACAGCUGCAGGAAGGCCACGAGAAGGUAGGAGAGCAGAUCAGCAGGGACGUGAGCCAGCUCUGCUCCCAGCUGGCUGCUCUGUGGAGCCGCUUCCUGGAGGCAGCUCUACUCAACCCCCACAUCCUGUCAUAUCUGGCCCAGGAGCACCACACGCUCAGGGUCAGGAGGUUCUCAGAGGCCUACUUCUUCACUGAACACCCCAAAGAGAUUUCUCUGACGUUUCAAGAGGAACUAAUCAACAGACAUGGCCAGGUAGCUGCGGAAGUGCGAUGCUCAGAGUAUCUGACCAAGAUGCCUCCUUUACCUGUUGAGUGCCUGGACAUUGAUGGAGAUUGGAACAGCCUGCCCAUCAUCAUUGAGGAUAGAUAUGUGGAGUCUCCUCAAACGGAGUGGGUAUCACACGUGCCAACGUUUUCAACCGCUGAUGAGCAAACCGGCUCUGAUAUUGCCAUCACUCCAGCCAACAGGAUUCUUGAAAGCAGCCAGGGAGCCAGAUCACCAGCAAUACCCCAGGUUUCCUUGGAAAGUGAUAAAUGCAUGGACCUGCCCACGUAUAUCUCACUCAUGGCAGACCAGAGUAAGACCAAUGUCGGAGAUACCCAGAACCUCACAGAGAACAGUGCUGAAAUCUCUCUGGCAGACGCAGAAAGCUUAAAGGAUCCAGGGGGAAAUCACAGCCAAGAUAAGGAAAGCUGUACUUCUGGCCAGAGAUACAUCAGCGUUAAGCCUUGUGAUUCAGAUCCAUGUAGAGGGGAGGGAGUCUCAUCUAAUCACCGUCCCCUCACUGAUUCUGCCAACAGUAGAGAAGAGUCCCCUGCUCAUCAUGUAACAGAAAAUAAUAUCCAACUAUGUGAUGCCACAAACCACAGCAUUGCAAAAGACAGUGAAAGCCAUGAAGAGGAGUCAGACAUUGCCAUGCCUUUAAAUCACUCAAUGGAUGAUGAGAACGAAGAUGUUCCUCUUGUUAGCCUUCCCAUUGCUCAUACGCUUCCAGUCACGCCUCCCUUUCCAGGUGAUCUCAGAAAAGAGAUGACUCAUCGGGGAGGCUUGGCUGGCUCCAAGAUCAUGAAGCGAUCGUCCUCUGUGAUUUCUGAUUCAGGUAUUGAGAGCGAGCCGAGCUCCGUGGUAUGGCCCAUUGAGGCCGUGCUGCGAGGCCGACCUCCUCUGGACUUUUCCAGCGAACGGGAGAUCCCACAGCAAAUAGUGUGUCACCACCCAGUCCACCGGAGUUCUCUGGAGGGCCUACAGAUGGAGAGCAAUGGCAGCCUUCCUAGCGGGGGUAUACAGGCCUCACUCACCUCUAUUAGCUCUCUACCGUACGAGGAGGACCAGCAGCAGAGACAGCUCAGCAAACUCACAAAGUCAGUCUCUGCACCUCAGAUAAGUAGCCCAGAAGAUGGUGAGGAGGACCACUUGCUGCUCAACCAGGAAACAGAUAGUAAAUGCUUAGUGCAACAAAAGGAUUCAUGUAGGAUAAAUUGUUCUUUGAACAGCGACUUAGAUUCAGAGCAAUCUGAAUUGUCUCUGUUAGACAUGAGUUCAACAGCAAAUCUUAUUCUCAAGGAGAAUUUUAUCUCUGAAUCCUCAAACCCUACCCAGCACCUGUCAGAGACAUACAGAAUCAAGUCAGUGUUAAAUGGUGUGUCUGAAGGGUUGUUUUUACAAGAGUCUGUAGAACGCCCUCAUGUGAGGGAAAGUGCUGUUAUUGGCAGCCAGGGGGAGAAUAUGAACCAUCAAACACACAUCAGUGAAGUGAGCGCCUCAGUGGAGGAUGUGCUUCUCGUUGAAUCGGAAGCAGCGCCCUGCAGGCGUAGAGGCAAACCAUGUGUGCACGAAAGUCCCACAGAUCAGGAGAGGAUCAACACUGCAGAUGAGUGCCAGAGUUUCCUUGGCGUUGAGGGCCAGGAGUGUCGAGACUGCUCACAGACACCUCUAAAACUGUCACAUUCUGAUGACCUCCCUAACAGUACCACGACCACACAGAGGCCAAGUGAACUCACAGGGCUGACAGCCAAUGACGCAUCAUCACCUGCCGACCUCAACAGGCUACCAAAUAGUGACAAAGAGCCAUUGGACUGUCAGGCCAAGUCCUCAAAGAUCCCUAAUUCGGGGCUGGCAUUUGUGAACAAGAAAAUGGUUGAGGUGGUGAACAUGUCUGUGUCCUGUGCCCCAACUUGCCUGCCAUUUUCAUCUGUGCUUAGAGACUCUCCCUCCAUCAGUGGAAUGUCCACUCGUCAGGCUACCUCACCUAUCACCCAUCAGCCCCUGGGCUCCUUUGGGAUCAUCUCCUCAUCUUCUCUCAGUCCCCUGAACAUGGACGAUGAGACGAAUGAACGGAUGCUGAAUUUCUACAAAGCCAAAGAGGAACUGUUCAAAGAGUUGAACUUUCAGGCUAGCUUGUACAGCGACCUUCCCCUCCUGGCGUCAGAUCUGCCGUACUUCCCCCCUGAGGAAGACGACGAGGAGUUUGACGAUGGCAUACACCUUGUGGUGUGUGUCCACGGACUUGAUGGAAACAGCGCAGACCUUAGGCUGGUGAAGACUUUUAUUGAGCUGGGACUGCCGGGUUCCAGACUCGACUUCCUCAUGUCUGAGAGGAACCAGGCUGACACGUUUGCAGAUUUCGACACCAUGACGGACAGACUGCUGGAUGAGAUCAUUCAGCAUAUCCAGCUGUACAAUCUCACCAUAGGCAGGAUAAGCUUCAUCGGCCACUCUCUGGGGAACGUCAUCAUCCGCUCCGUGCUGACGAGGCCUCGCUUCCGCUGCUACUUGCCCAAACUCCACACUUUCCUCUCGCUGUCAGGCCCACACUUGGGAACGCUGUACAACAACAGCACGCUGGUCAGCACAGGUCUGUGGUUAAUGCAGAAGCUGAAGAAAUCCGGCUCCUUGCUGCAGCUCACCUUCAGAGAUCACGUCGACCCGCGGAAAACAUUCCUCUAUCUUCUGAGUCAGAAACCAGGGCUACAGUUCUUCAAGAACGUGGUGUUGGUGGCGUCUCCACAGGACCGCUAUGUCCCGUUCCACUCUGCCAGAAUAGAGAUGUGCAAAACUGCUCUCAAAGACAGAACCACAGGACCUGUGUACACUGAGAUGAUCAACAACCUCCUACAACCAGUCGUGGAGGCUAAAGAGUGCCGGCUCAUCCGCCAGAAUGUGUUCCACGCCCUGCCCAACACAGCCAACACACUAAUUGGCCGAGCUGCCCACAUCGCCGUCUUGGACUCUGAGCUUUUCCUGGAGAAGUUCUUCUUGGUGGCAGGGCUCAACUACUUCAAAUGAAGGUGCUAGUAAUGCAGGCUUAUGGUAAUGGUCCUGAGAGUGGUUGAUGGAGUCUUGAUUUGAGGUCUUCACCUUCACCCUGUACAGUACAUGAGCGUAUGACCCCUGGUAUCCAAGAGGCCAGAACUGCGUAUCUCAUUUGUUAGACUGGUUAGCAGCUGUCAUUAAAGGCUCAGUGUAUUGUGACUGUUUAAACUACUAACCCGGACUGAGUCUGAUGUGUAGCCAUGGAAAACAAAACAUCUGACUUGGAUGACAGGAUGGAUUGUCGAUGUUUUGUUGGCCUUACGAAUAACGUCUCAGCCAGAAUGCUAACAGAUACUAACUGUGGUCUACAGCAUUUGCCUACUUUCCCUUUACAGUUGGUUUAGAGCCUUCGGUAUCACUGGUUGCUUGAAUUGUUCCUUAAGGGUUACACCAAUGAUAGUCUUACACUAUCAUGAAACAUGGCAAUAGAUGUGCAGCAUUUAUCCCCUUGAUUGUACAUGAGGUGUUUUGUUGUACAAAACACAGACGUUCCUUUUUACAGAAAUUGCUUUAUUGGUUCAAAUUAUUUAUUUUAUAUGUAUAGUGUAAGUAGUCCAUCUAAAUGUGAACUUCUGUGUGUUGUUUUCUUCAACUAUAUCAAAUGAAAAGCUUAGUGUUAUACAACGCAGGCAGAAGUGUUACCCAUGUAGCCUAUUAUUCAGCAGUCUGCUUGUCCCUUACAUUUACUUGUGUUUAAAUGUACAUCAUACCAGACAAACACAGAGGCCCUGAUUAUUUAAGUAUUAAGCUACAGCAAAAGUAAUCAAGGAAUUUGUAGUCGGCUAAACCCCAUCCUCCUAGGUACUAAAGCCGCCACUGUCAAGCUUCAGGCCUCAUAACACGUAUGCAAAUUUGUGAUGAUGAACUAUUGAACUUACAGAACUAUGGGUUCUCAUUUCUGGCAGGCAUAUUUCAUUUCUUUAUUUAUUUCAUUUGUAGCUCACUAGAAUCAAUUAUUUCCUGCAUGCCUUAGCCUGGCAUUGCUAACCUCAGUUGUUAUCAUGAUAUGAGUCUGUUAACACACCAUUUCAACGGACAAAGAAAAACAAGACCUCUCCAUGCAAUUGGAUAGUCCUACAACCAAUCAGAGCGCCAACCUCACUGUGCUCAAGUGAGGCGCAUGACUAUGUUGGUGUUAAUUCAAAGUCCAUCUCCACAUAAAGUAUGUCCAAACUAUCUGAUUGGCCUGGAAUAUCUUUCCUGAAAGAUAAUCAGUUUCCAGUGGAGAGUCUCCAGACAGGGUUGUACUCGAGGCUAUGCAUGUCUUGGUUAAAAUGUUGCCUCUUACUUUAUUAUAUUACAUUACGGUAAAUGUAGCUAACCAAAUGAGAUUUUUCUGUUUUCAAGUAGCUUUCACAUUACGUAAUACCAUCAUCUGACAUGUUGGUUGGGUGUAAACUUAAACACCUUCUCCAACUAGCUUCAUACAAAAUACAUAAGGUAGUACUACUGGAUGUUUUUUAACCACAGACAAAAUGUUUCCUAAUUUGGUAUGGAAAUCUUCCUUGUACUUGGCAUUUGGCCUGUUAGCAGGACAUGCUAAUAGUUGCAGCUAAUGGCUGGGCUUCCAACACUGGUCAAUGAUUGGCAAAUUCGUAUAUGGAGGAGGGGUUUAGUAAAUACAAUUAAUGGACAUUUAAGCAACAAAUUUAAAGAUUACAACAAAAACCAUACAGCAGAUCUAGUGUGCAUAUAAUGUGUAAAAGAACCAUGUUAUCUCUAUGUUGACUACACAAUCUUGUGGUGUGAUGGCAUCACUUUUUGUUAAUGAGCAAUUUAACAUUCCUGAUUAAAGUGCUCUUUUGCAUUUGAAAUGGUGUAAAUCAGGGUGUUGUCAACCCACUGCCCAGCUACUCCAUGUCUAUCUAAUAAUUGUGAUGCAAGAUGACAGCAGGUCUUGUGUUCCUCAACAUGUACGAUGCCAUAUUUUGAACAUCUCAUCAGCUCAAUCAGAAUUUUAUUUUAUUUUUUUUCUCUACAUUGAUCGCACGCAAAGUGUCGUUGUCAAGCAUCCUGGUGAGGAAACUUUCCUCAUCACUAUGCUGUCAUCAGACGAUGUUUACAUAUUCUGACGUUAGAGAACUGUUAUCAUAGACGUCUCAUAUCCAGCAGUGGUUGUGCAUCUGCUGCAUAUGUAGUUAUGUACAUACAGAGAGCUAUAUUUUAACCUUUGCACUGGUUUGAUGGCAAGUGCACUUUACUGACAACCUUGAAUCAACCUCCACGAGCUUUACAGAGCACAAACAGCUAUUUGUUAAAACAUGCACUGCUUUUUUUUUUUUUUUUUAGAUCUGAAGGUCGCGUCCUGCAUUCGUUGUAUAAACUACCCUCGGCUGUCCGUCUCGGCUAUUCAAGCAUUGUGUCGUCUUCAGAGUGUGCUGUCUCGGGGAACAACCGAUGACACCGCAAAGUGCUCUUUUUCCGUGUUGGUGCGGUGCCGCGCGGUAAGCAGAGUGUCACCGUGAUUGACUCUAAUCAAAUGGGCUCCUUUAGGAUGCUAGGAUCUUUCUCGAAAUGCCACCAAACAAAGCUGCGUAAGCAAUCUACAGGAGCUGCCACGCACCAUGCAUCAUUUUUCAACACCCCACCCCUCCCGCACACACACAAACACACAUACUGUGUAUGGAUGGGUUUUAGCUAGUAUGCUUUAUUCUUUUUUUUUGUGUGUGUGUGUGUGCUUAGGGCCAUGUGUGUGUACCCGCAGGGUCAGCAGGAAUCAAUGGAAGAAAACAAAUAUGUGAGAGGUAUUGAGACUGACCCCCUCAAGGGCAAAUACAGGUGUGAAAGUGUUUCAUGAGAUGAAUGGCCAGCCUGGAAAAGACUACUAUUUACACCACCCUGAGGUCUGUUCAUGUAGAGAAUUUUUUUUUUUUUUUUUUUUUUUUUGUUUUCUAUGACAAAACUUGUCCCUAAAUGUGUUAACUGUACAUUAAUGCUGCUGCCAUAGCUGAGAGUGAAUUCAGAAGUGAUCCAUAAACCCCAUAGAUCCGUACGAGUGCUGUCAACGUUCAAAAACUAGCUGACUUGAACCUUUUUGUAUUUGAUUGCCCUUUACUGAGAGUCCUGUGCAGAAUAGGUGUGUGAGUGGGGGGGUUGUGUGAUAUAUGUGUGCGCUAGAACAUGUGUUAUUGUCAACCACUCAUUGCUGGAUCAUCCUUAAGUGUUUGAACUGAAUGUAAGAAAAAAAAAAACAACAACAAAAAAACAAAAACAGUUUGACGUCACUGUGAGGAUGUAUUUAUUUUCAUUCUGCAGUUCUUUCUUUUGCUGAAUGUAACAGUAAAGUACAAUAAAUACUACUUCAUCCGUGCCAAUACUACUAAUAUUUUUCUAUGUUGCUGACUGUACUGUAUGUAUUCCUUAGUAGCUUGUGUUCUAUGUAAAAAUAUAAAUACAAGUAUACAAAAUAUACAUAUAUAUAUAUAUAUAUACAAAUAGUAUAGUAUUAUUAUAACAGAUAUGUGAGAAUAAAAAUACAUCUUUUGCAUAA